AUAUAUAAUAGUAUAAAUUUCUGUGCCUUCAAAAUCUCGAAUUCCCAAUUGAGAAUUCUGAUAAAAGGUACUUUUUUUCUCUUUAUACUCAGUUCUCAUCCCUUCAAUGACAGCAAAAUUAGGACAUAUGAAGACUUGGGAAGAGAAAAUGAUGAUGAUCUGCUUCUUGUUUUCUGCAUACUUGACUAUUGCUGGUGGGUUAGUCACCGUUGGCGCAACCGCAGUCGGCGGUGGCGAUAGCAGUUAUACACAGAAGCUUCAGGUUCAGAGACACUUGAACAAGUUGAAUAAACCAGCCGUUAAGUCCAUCCAGAGCUCUGAUGGAGAUACAAUCGACUGUGUUCUCAUCUCAAAUCAACCCGCUUUUGAUCAUCCAGACCUCAGGAAUCAUAAAAUUCAGAUGAGACCGAAUUGGCACCCAGAAGGAAGAAUGAUUGCUGAGGAAGAAAGUAAAGUGACUUCAAAUUCAAAGGGAAUGAGUCAGUCAUGGCAGAACAGUGGAAGUUGCCCCAAAGGUACGAUUCCAAUGAGAAGAACGAAAGAAGAUGACAUAUUGAGAGCGAACUCUAUUCAACAAUUUGGAAAGAAGAAGCAAAAAAGCAUCCCUCAACCCACAUCUGCACAACCUCAAUCUGAACUUAUCACUAAAAGUAGUGGCCACCAGCAUGCGAUAGUAUACGUACAAGGGGACAAAUAUUAUGGAGCCAAGGCAACUAUGAACGUUUGGAAACCCAAUGUUCAAAAAUCUAAUGAGUUCAGUCUCUCUCAAAUUUGGCUUUUGAGUGGCACUUUUGGUCAAGAUCUCAAUAGCAUUGAAGCCGGCUGGCAGGUUAACCCAGAUCUGUAUGGGGAUAAUAACACCCGUUUGUUCACAUAUUGGACGAGUGAUUCGUAUCAAGGAACUGGAUGCUAUAAUCUAUUUUGCUCUGGUUUUAUUCAAACAAACAAUGAAAUAGCCCUUGGAGCAACCAUCUCUCCACUUUCUGGCUUUGGUGGCUCCCAAUAUGACAUCACCAUUCUUAUCUGGAAGGAUCCAAAACAAGGAAACUGGUGGAUGCAAUUUGGGAAUGAACAAGUUCUCGGAUACUGGCCAGCCUCUCUGUUCCCAAAUCUAUCAGACAGUGCAACAGUGAUAGAAUGGGGAGGUGAAAUUGUGAACUCAGGAUCUAAUGGACAACACACCACAACACAAAUGGGAAGUGGCCGUUUUCCUGAAGAAGGUUUUGGAAAAGCCAGCUUUUUCAAAGACCUCCAAGUUGUUAAUCAAGAUAAUCAACUUUUGCCUCCUCCUGAUAUUUCCACCUACACUGAUCAGUCUAAUUGCUACAAUGUGAAGAGUGGUUAUUCUGAUAAUUGGGGCAAUUACUUCUACUAUGGGGGACCUGGCAGAAAUCCUAAUUGCCCAUGAUCCUGAUAAACUAUUCAUUCAGAUCAAUUCAUAUGUAUCUAAAGAAUUUAAAGAAAAAGAAAGUAUUACUGUUAUAUUUUGUUUA